GUCCUUUACAAACGCAAACCGGUCCAAUACCUUCCGCGACCCGUGAUCGAAGAUGAUAGCUCCGAGGUUUGGGUGAUCCCGGAGACCAACGAGGUCUUCACGAGCUAUGAGCCGUACCUCCAGCGCAUGGACUUUUACAAGUCACGCCGAUUCAUCUGCGAGAUAACGGGCCAUUCGGGAAUGACAUUUUUUGAAGCACUUCGCAGCGAGCUGGAAGAAUCGCGCGAAGUGAACAAUAGCUUCCCCGAGGCACUGAAGGAGCCAAUCUUGCGCCGCAUUCAGUUCUCGACGACAUCUAGAGUUGACAAUCUGGUGGACGAAAUUUAUGAAGAAUUCAAGUCAGACUUCUACCCCGGAGAGCCGGUCCUUAUCCUACUAGAAGACAACAGCAGACUCCACGGCACCAUCAGAGACAAGGCCAACUUUGCCGAGCAGCUGUAUGCAGACGGCACCAUCAAGACCCCGGCAUAUGCCAGAUACCUGGUUAAGAUAUCGGACCGGCCCAAUGAGGAGGCCUUGUUGGAUCAGGACCACAUCACCCGUGAUAGGAAGUCGUUCACGAAAUUGAUGCUUCGUGGCUUCAUUAAGAACAAUGUCACUCGAGAGUCGUGGACUGGUGCUCCAUGGCUGGUGAAACCAUCGGUCGCAGAGGAAUACAAGAUUUCUACGGAGGUACCUAAGCAUUUACAGUAUGGAGCCAAGGUAGCAGAGAAAAAGGCAAUGAAGAAGGCAGAUCAGGAAGGCUUCUUCGGAUUCUUCUCUUCACAGCAGCUGCCUGAACUGAAGCCUGCUGUCAAGGGCGCGAAAGCGAAGAUGACCGCACAUGACCACGCCAAAUCACGCGAAGCUCAAUACCUAGAGUAUCAACGAUCCCUCAACGGCAAUCCGACUUUCCUUCCUCCAAACAACCCACUUCGCCCAAGCAAGCCGCCGCUGGUCGGUGACAAGAAGAUGUCUCAUCUCUCAGUUGUCAUCAAAAAUGAGUCUCGACCACCAUCACCACCUCCGAUCAAGUACCCAAUGGAGGAUCUUGAGCUCGCUCCUAACAAGGAGAAGACUCAUCGCCCGACUUUGAAAUUCUUGAUGGUCGGAGAUACUGACGAUGACGGAGCCGAGGACCUUUUGCCUGACGACGUGGAACCGGAGUCCGUGGGACUCCUCCUCGAAACUUGGGAUACGCUAAACGUCUACUGUGAGGUAUUCCAGCUAGAUUCUUUCACCUUCGACGAUUUCGUCCAGGCGAUGCGCUUCUCAUCGGAGGAGAUGGACUGUGAGCUUUUCGUUGAGAUCCACUGUGCCCUUCUUAAGAAGCUGGUUAAUUCCGAGGGUAACGGCGGUGCUGCUCAGAUUUCUCUUCCUGACUUCCCAUCCGAAGACUCUGAUGACUCUGAGAAUUCGGACGAGGAUGAGGAGAACGAAGAAAGCGAAGACGAAGAAGAGCCAGGUCCAGCAAGGAGGAUGACUACUCGUGGUAGCCUGGCAAAGAAAGAGGCUGAGAACUUGAAGGCACAGCUCGAAGAGCCUGAAGAGGAUGAACGAAUCCACCGUGCCGCCGAGAUGUUCGUCAACUACAGCUGGAUUGAUCGUCUACGACGACGAGACUUCCGCAAUGGUGGAUGGGAACUGGUGAUGAUUGGUCUCCUGCACCAGCUCUCUGUUCGGCCUCGCCUCGAGCAGACCUGCCAUGAGAUUCUCAAAUAUCUGGCGCCGCUCGAUGAGCCCGCCACUCAGAAGACGGCACGGGAGCAAUACCGUACCCUGGAUGUGAACCUGCGAGUCAAGGCUCUCCAGAUCAUCUGUAUGCUGAGUUUGGAGACCAAGGCCGUUCGGAAUUACAUGGAAGAAUGCAGUAUUCAGAUGACGGAGUUCCGCAAGGUCAAGAUCGAGCAUCAAAAGGCUCGCAAGGCCGCACUCCAAGACCUGCGACAAUUACACCAAGAGCGAAAGGCACUUCAGCCAGAACCCGAAAAGACCGCAGAGAAAUCGCCGACACCUGUGCCCGAGCUUGACGGGUUGGACGACUCGAAGGUGACUGGUCUGGAUGGGGAUUCCGAGAUCCCCAUGGAUUCAGAUGACGAAGACACCCCUCGGCCGCGCUCACUCCGGGGCGGUGCAGAUCGUGCCGCCGAACGUAAACGCAAGCAAGAUGAGGAGCGGGAACGAAAGGAGCAGCUGGCCAAACAGCCCAAAGGCUCCAAGCAGUACCAGCGCGUGCUCAAGAAGAUUGAAGACCAAAAGGCCAAGAUUCAAAAGAUCGAGGAAAAGAUCGAAUCAGUGGACAAUGACCUCCGAGAGGCCGACUGCCCACGUACGAAAUGCCUGGGUUUGGACCGUUUCUGCAAUCGGUACUGGUGGUUCGAGCGUAACGCGAUGCCUCCUGCUGGGAUGCCGGAUAGCUCCACGGCGGAAGCCGGCUAUGCCAAUGCUCGCCUCUGGGUUCAAGGCCCCGAUGAGAUGGAGCGUGCAGGCUUCAUUGACCUGACUGAUGAACAACGGAAGCAAUACCAGAAGCACUUCCACACCACCCCGGCCGAGCGCAAGAAGCAUGAAGAGGGCCCUACGCAUGUGUCGACUGCCCGUGAAUGGGGCUACUACGAUGAUCCCGAGGCGAUCGAGCAACUGAUCCAAUGGCUGGAUGCGCGAGGUAACCGGGAGUGCAAGUUGCUCAAGGAACUUCAUUUGCAGCGACACAACAUUGCCAAGUACAUGACGAACCGUCAACAGUACCUGACGGUGAGCGCCGAACGAGCCGAGUCCGAGGAACUGCCUACGAAGCGCGUCACUACGCGCAAGAAGACGUACAUGGAUGUCAACGAGCACCGUCUCCGCUGUCUACGGUGGCACAGCGGCACAUCUCUGAGCGAGAAUGGCCAUCUGCACGUUGACCCUGAGCGGCCCGCCAAGCGGCAGAAGCGGAACGCCGAUGAUACGCGAGGCGGCCGAGGAACGCGGGGAAAGACGUUGACCCGACGGGGCUCACGACGCGGGGGUUGA